AUGGCACCGACUACUUACACAAGCAAAGUCAAAGUACGAGAAAAAUAUCAGAUCGUCGGCUUCAUCAGUAGCGGCACCUACGGACGUGUGUAUAAAGCAGUAGGGAAAAAUAAAGCCGGCGAUGCUACCAGCCCGACUUCGGCAAGUUCCGCACCACGUGAAGUUUUUGCCAUUAAAAAAUUCAAGCCGGAUAAAGAAGGCGAGACGAUUCAAUACACUGGUCUUUCGCAAUCCGCCAUCCGUGAAAUAUCGCUUUGCUCCGAGUUGACGCAUCCCAACCUUAUCCAUCUUGUUGAAAUCAUCCUAGAGGAUAAAUGUAUCUGUAUGGUCUUCGAAUACUGCGAACACGACCUUCUUCAGAUAAUACACCACCAUUCGCAACCAACGCGUCAUGCGAUUCCCGCACCAAUGAUCAAAAGCAUUCUCUUUCAACUUCUGAAUGGCCUCCUCUACCUCCAUCGCAACUGGGUCCUGCACCGUGACCUCAAACCUGCCAACAUAAUGGUAACCAGCAACGGUGCCGUCCGAAUUGGUGAUCUUGGCCUAGCCAGAUUAUUCUACAAACCCCUCACCUCCCUCUACUCCGGCGACAAAGUCGUCGUAACAAUCUGGUAUCGCUCACCCGACCUCCUGCUCGGAUCAAAACACUACACCCCCGCCGUCGACCUCUGGGCGGUUGGUUGCAUCUUCGCCGAACUUUUAUCUCUUCGUCCAAUCUUCAAAGGCGAAGAAGCGAAAAUGGAUAGCAAGAAAACCGUACCCUUCCAGCGCAACCAAAUGACCAAAAUCAUCGAGGUGCUCGGAAUUCCAACCAAGGAGGAUUGGCCCGGUAUUGUUGAAAUGCCGGAGUAUGCACAACUGCAAUCUCUUGCUUAUAGUCGGACAGGAGGGUCUGGCUACAACAGCUCCUCUUCGCAUAAUCAUAACCAUAACCAUAAUCAUAGCCAUAGCCAUAGCCAUAACAACAACGGCCGUGGAACCGGCACAGGUCUAGACACAUGGUACAAUAACGUCCUCCGCUCCGCCAACUACCCUCCAUCCUCCAACACAUCUUCAGGCACUGAGUCCAACCCUGACACCCCCGGCCUCUUAGGCUACGACCUCCUCUCCAAACUCCUAACCUACGACCCCACCCGCCGUCUAACCGCCGAACAAGCCCUCCAACACCCCUAUUUCCAAGACCCCGGGAGUGGAAAAAUCAGCGUAAGCGGCAACUGCUUCGAAGGUCUAGAGGAAUCAUACCCGCACCGCAGGGUCGCUAGUGAUGACAACGGGAUUGGGACGGGGAGUUUGCCGGGCACGAAGAGGAGCGGAUUGCCGGAUGAUAGUUUGGUGCCUUGUGGUAAACGGAGGGGCUGA